UUACGGCUCGCGGAUCACUUCGCAAGAGGCUAAGCGUUGGUCUUGGCAGACAGGCAGCAAUCCACCUCUACACGUCCAUGAUUUCCGCCUGUUGUUGAGUGGUUAUAAAGUAGUACUAAUGUUCUCCGCCUAUUAUACAGCAGUACUGUGCUCACUGAACUCUUGUAGAGCGCUUCGAUGACUUGAACGAUGUUGAUCUUCGAUGUUGAAUUUUUACAUUACAUAUGCCACAACCCCGUACGCCAGAUUCGAUGAUGUUGUAGAAGAGGUUUCGCUGGUGUUGUUUAGGAUACGAGAGUGGAAGAUCUGGAUCAGCUAUCCUCCUGCCUGGUUUGAAGACAGCUUGUUCUGAUAGCAGCUGGUGGUGUUGAGGCGAUUCUGUAAUGUAUCACUUUUCUUCUUGUGUGUAUGAUUAGGCUUAUGGUCCUCGUAGUUUGUUUUUUUAUAAUGUUUGGUAUUUCUUUGGACGGGAUAUGACUACAAUCAUUGUGACCAUUUCGGGGAUCAAUCUUUGGCAAAGAAUACCUUAAAUUGUUGUUUUUUGCCGACCAUGCUCAAACAGCUCAGUUGGUAUGCUGUAGCCUGUAAAUGACAAAGACUUUCUCUCUUCAGACUGUCUACUGUGAUCUCGACCUCAUCCCAUAGCUGGUGCAGGGUCGAUCUUUAGACCUUCUGCAUGGUUGCUUCGAUCGAAGGACGUUAAUAUAACGUCUGUCUCCACCUGAGCGUUUUACACCUCGAUCAUCGUUGCAAUAUUCAUCCCAUCAGCUUACAACAGCAGUCCUUUAAAUUAUGUCCUUCCUUGAUUUAUAUGUAGCAAAGAAAUGACGAGAUCUGACAAUUAAUUGGACUGUAUUGCGCGCGCGCGUGUGUAAACUAUAAGUGGGUGGUACGUGGUGGUGGUACGUGGUGGCAGCAGUGGAAUCUAUCUGCAUAAGUGGAGUAAGAGAUUUGGGGAAAAUUUUCCACCAAACGACAAUUAAGUGAAUGUAUACGGCUCGGUGAUACCACGAACAUAUAUCCGUCCGUGGUGAUACUGAUCGAUAUAUAUAUAACACAAUCGUAUCCGCUGUGUGCUAGGAUAUAUUGUAGUACGUUUCCCCCAACCCCAUUGCCAAAAAAAUCCUUUGCCAGUCAUUUUCACCACUUCAUAUGUGACCGCAUAAGUGACACAAAUCAGUGCAGCCUCUUACGAGCAACAAAAAUGCACACGAUAUAGCCACACCAACACGCAGUGACUGACAUAUAAUUGUUACUCAUGUACUCUUAUAAUGAGAGGAUCAGUCUCUGCACGAUUUCUCCAUUGAUUUUUUAAACUUGCCGUGAGACAAUCGUUAAAUGAUGUUCACUGCGUCUAUGAAUCAAAAUGCAGUACGUGCGUUUAAUCGCGAUGCUUGGAAUGAGUGAGUGAGAACCUCAAUCUGCAGGAGUAAUUUAUUCACUUUCUCAAUAUGCCGGACAGUCUACAGCGCAAUCUCACAACAUCGAAUGAUUUGGACUGUCGAAGGUCAAAGGGUAAAGAAAAGCUCCACUGGAACUUGUAGAAAGCGUUUACAUAUCUCGACUUUAGUUACGACGUCUGCUACAUCUACAUAAGAAUAAAGCCAUUGGUUGAAAAAAAAGCUUGGGUAUGUCAUCAUCAUGGUACUUCUCGGUAUCUAAUCAUAACAACCGUGUUUACAAAUUAUUACUCCGCAAGCACUUCCGGUCAAUAUGGCGGCUCUAUAGAUAAGUGGUGCAUCUUUAUAGAUGUAGAAUCUUGCUUGUUGAAAAAAUAUAUAUGCUUCAUUUCUUUCACAAUCAAAUGCAAAAUAAUAUUCCAUAUUUUAUGAUAAGAUGUAGAAACAGUUUAAUUAGUGUUGAUAUUUAGGGAAGAAGAUGGUUUGACGCAUUCAGCCGCUUGAAAGAGCAUACAUCAUCCAUAAAGAUAUCUGCUGAGGCUUUCGUGAGGAUGACAUCCACACGGUUUCAUAUACUUUGAUAUGUGUUUCAAAUCUCCAACACUUUCCCGACAAACGUUGGGUGUGAAGAAGCGCCAAGACCUUAUAGACGGUGCUAGUCAGCACCAUUACUCAAGGCCUUCAGUACUACCAGCAGAAAAAAAGGAAUGGAUGAACAAGCGCUGAGCGAAAUCCUUGAAUGUUCAGUGUGUCUAGAACGGCUGGAUCACACGAGUAAAGUGUUGCCAUGCCAACAUACAUUUUGCCGAAGAUGUUUGGAGGAGAUUGUAAGUACACAGCAAGAGCUAAGGUGCCCAGAAUGUCGGACUCUCGUAACUGUUCGUGUAGAAGAUCUUCCACCAAAUAUUCUACUUGUUCGUCUGCUAGAGGGAUUGAAGACUCAUGGGCACGUGCUUAGUUCAAAGCCAGCUUCAUACCAAAGGAAGCGCGAUACAUCUACAGAAAAUAGGCAACAGUCUUCAAGACCUGUUUGGGAGGGCCCACAGCCUUGUGCCAGAGCCUUAUUCUCAUAUGAAGCUAGUGAAAAGGAUGACUUGCCCUUUAAAAAGGGGGAUAUAGUAAGCCUUCGUCGACAAAUAGAUGAUAACUGGUACCAGGGUGAGCUAAAUGGACAAAUUGGUGUAUUCCCUUCCAGCUAUGUACAGGUACUUGUGCCUCUGCCUCAGAUUCCACAAUGCCGAGCCCUCUAUGACUUUCAACUGGAUGAUGAAAAUGAAAAGGACUGUCUCACUUUUAAGAAGGAUGAAGUCAUCACUGUGAUAAGACGAGUAGAUGCAAACUGGAUUGAAGGGAGAAAAGGAGAAAAGAUUGGAAUUUUGCCUCUAGCUUUUGUAGAACUAAACCAUGCUGCCAAGACUCUGGUCAGCACCAAAUCUCCAUCGCUGUCUCAGUCAACACCACCUCAGACAAGCAAUCGCAUUACUACAGCAGCCAUCACUACCACCACCACCACCACUACUUCAGCCCCUUCUGCUGGAACCACACAGCUGCAGACGUCAUCCAACACCGCAGCUUUGCUUCCAUCCAAGACUUCACCACAAAAGCGUCACUCUUUGACCAUCAAAUCAGAUUCUCCAUCACCUCCUCUGCAGUCUCAGCGCCAUUCACUGGAAAUAGGCAGUGAGAGCCAGCAAUGGGGGCCAGGCAAGUACAGCUGUAUGUUCCAUUCUACUACAGUGGCUGGACCUGAAGAUAGGCAUUCCUCUGCUACUCGAUCUUUUCAUGCUAAUGAUACUGAAUUAUUUACUGAGCCAGCUAGAACCAAGGGAAAUGAUGGAUUUUCACCAAGUAGAGGGUCAAGUGCUAGUUCUCAUUCAUCUAGCAAUUUCUCACCAGCAGUUUAUGUAGCCAUGUAUAAUUAUCGACCCCAGAAGACUGAUGAAGUUGAACUCAAGAAAGGGGACUACUAUACAGUUACAGAGAAAUGCCAAGAUGGCUGGUUCAAGGGUCAGUGUUUAAGAACAGGCAUUGCAGGAGUUUUUCCUGGCAACUAUGUCAGUUUGGUGAGGCAAUCCGGUGCAUUUAAACCUGUUAAUCCAGAUGUUCUGAACAUCAGAGCCAAGGUUCCAGCCAGUCUGCCUUCAAUGCAACACAGCCACCACCACCACCAUCACCACCAUCACCACCACAACUUUACAGAAGCAGAAGCAGUCAACAGUAAUGCAUCUCCACCUAUUCCACCACACAUCAAGACUUCCUCAUCUUCAUCAGCACCACCCCUUCUACCUCGUGUUGCUAGGCUGUCACCAGCAUCUUCCCCCUCACCUUCAGUUACGGGUCGACAUUCUCCUCAUUCACCCCAUAGCUCAAAAUCCAUUGCCAACACUCAUGUACCUGUCACUGUAUCAGGGGGACGAAGUAAUCAUCCACCUGGUUCACAUUCUCCUGCUUCAGUACUGCGGUCAAUAUCGGCACCCAGUGGGUCAUCACUUGAAUCCACACACCACAGUAGUAUUGUGUCUGGAGGGGCAGUCAUCACCUCCAAGUCCGUGUCCUCAUCUAGUCCAAAACUUACCAACAUGUCAGCAAGUACCUCGGAAUCACAUCGACACAGAACUUCAUCUCCUCAUGGUGCACACUGGGCUAUGCACCACUCCAUGUCAACAUCUACUAACAUCACACCACCAAAUGUUGUAAUGGGUGCAUCAGAUAUCACACCCGUUACUUCAAUGAGCAAAGAUAAAGAUAAGGUUAGCAUUGACCUGGUUUGUUUGAACACAUUCUUGAAUGGCUGGCUGCUUUGCCAUGGUAUGGCCUUAGGUGCUGGCUUGGUAAAAGACUUGCGUGGAAAUUAUGGGGCCUGGAGAAGCAAAAAGGCUAAAUCCUCUGCAUCUGAAAGCAGUGUCAGUCUGCUAGUCAGCGAACCUGUUGCUCAUGCAAGAUCAGGUUCUUAUCCUUCGGAUGGUACACGUCCUGGUUCUCCAAGGGAAGCUAGCCAACAUCGCAAAGCUGCCUCUUUAGAUUCCUGCCCCACUUCUCCGUUAGCCAAGACAAGGUCCAAGCCUCAUAUACGUGAAAGGUAUCGUUGCAUUGUUCCAUACCCACCACAGACAGAACAUGAGCUGGAGCUGGAGUUGGGGGACAUUGUCCAUGUGCACAAACGUCGUGAAGAUGGCUGGUACAAAGGUACACAGGAACGCACCUGCAAGACGGGACUAUUUCCUGGAAGUUUGUAG